GGUAAGUACUACUAAUGCUAGCAAAGAAUGAUGCUAGGCGACUGAGUAAGCUUGCAAGAGAGCGCAGAACAUACACACACCAGCAUGACCACACCUUGGCAAUCCCAUUCCCAGCGGCUGCCAAAAAUCCUACUCCUUGUCCUCCUCCUUUCAGCGGCUACUCCUCACUUGAUCCUGGAGGCUGCUGCUGCUGAGCAAGAUGAGCAGCAACCCAUCACACUUGUGGAUUGUCCCGACAAGUGCGGCAACCUAAGCAUUCCCCACCCUUUCGGCAUGAAGCCUGGCUGCUUUCGUGAGGGCUUCCAGGUGACAUGCAACGACUCCUUCAAUCCACCUCGUGCCUACCUAGCCUAUAGCGGAGUAUUCCAGCGGAUAGUGGAGAUUCACGACAGGUUGGAGGCAGGAGGACGGUACCAUCGUGAUAAAUGGAUUAAAACACAAGCUUGGGAGCUCAUGGAUAUAUCGGUUGCAAAGGGUGAGGCGCGCACAUACGCCCCGGUCUCAUCUAAGUGCAACCCAUACAGUUCCGUCUACUUAUACAAGGGUCUACAGAUGCGGCUGGGCGAGAAGAUGAGUCCGUUCCUCGUGUCGGCGACGCGCAAUGCUCUCAUCGGCGUCGGCUGGAGAGUCCAUCCUAUGAUCAGUAGCGACCUGUGGUCGGUACCAACGCUUAACGCGACCACCACCUGGUCAGCGUCGUCGUCGCCUGACGACACGUCGUCAAAUGAGUUCUCACUCUCCUGCCUUUCAGACCUCAUGGGCAAGCACUUCCUCAAGUUCGCGACCAACGGGUCAUGCUCGGGGCGGGGCUGCUGCCUGGCCGCCUUCCCGGUAGAGUUUCCCGUCCCCGAAUUUUCACUGUGGUUCAAUUCUGAUCCACCCAACACCAUGUUUAAGACCAAUCCGUGCUCCUACGGCAUGGUGGUAGAGAGCUCAUGGUACAACUUCUCCACACCGGACAUGUAUGGCUACGAGGUGCUACCCAACAGAUUCCCAAGGGGUGUCCCACUGGUGCUCGAUUUCUCCAUCCUCAACGGUUCCUGUCCGGCCAAGGGCCAGCACACACCUCUAGACUACGCCUGCGUCAGCGGCAACAGCUACUGUGCCAACAGGACCAGUGGCCAGGGGUAUGUCUGCAAGUGCUGGGACAAUUACGAUGGCAACCCUUACAUCGCCAAUGGAUGCCAAGACAUCGAUGAGUGCAAGCUCCCCGAUUUGUACCCUUGCUCCACUCACGGGGUCUGCAAAAACAAGUUGGGAGGCUAUGACUGUCCAUGUAAGCCUGGAAUGGAAGGCGACGGCAAAAAUGGAACCUGCACAGAUAAAUUCCCCGUAGCAGCACGGGGGAUUUUGGGUGGAAUAGGUGUUUUUUUUCUCAUGGCAGCCAUAUCAUUCCUUAUUCUUCUUCGCAAAGAGAAAAAGAAAACUAGAGAAUUUUAUGAGAAAAAUGGUGGGCAUACAUUAGAGAAGGCAAAAUUCAUAAAACUGUUUGAAAAGGAGAAGCUCAAGCCAAUUUUGAAGAGUAGCAAUUUUAUUGGAAAAGGUGGCUUCGGCGAAGUUUACAAGGGCAUUCUUGAUGAUGAACAAGUCGCAGUGAAAAAGCCGAUUAGUGGAAGUGUGCUAGAGAAUGAACAGUUUGCAAAUGAAGUCAUCAUUCAAUCUCAAGUCAUCCACAGGAACAUCGUUAGGCUCAUAGGUUGUUGCCUAGAAGUUGAUGCCCCGAUUCUAGUCUAUGAGUUUCUCAGUAAUGGCAGCCUCAAUGAUAUUCUUCAUGGCAACAACAAGGUGCCCCUCCACUUGGGUGCACGUUUGAGUAUUGCUGCAGAAUCAGCAGAUGGUCUGGUUUAUAUGCAUUCAAAAACCAAUACUAAGAUUCUACAUGGCGACGUUAAACCAGCAAAUAUACUUUUGGAUGAUAAGUAUGCGCCAAAGAUCUCAGACUUCGGCAUAUCAAGGUUGAUUGCAAGAGACAAACAACACACGGGAUCUAUCAUUGGGGACAUGAGUUAUAUGGAUCCAGUAUAUCUGCAAACAGGGCUGCUAACAGAAAAAAGUGAUGUCUACAGUUUUGGAGUUGUCAUCUUGGAGCUUAUCAGUAGGAAGAAAGCCACACAUUCCGACGGCGGUAGCUUAGUAAAUAAUUUCCUUGAAGCUUACAAGAAAGAGAAGAAAGCAACUCCAUUAUUUGACAAGGAAAUUGCGGUAACAGAAGAUUUGGAGAUUCUUGAUAGUCUGGCAUGUAUCGCUGUGGAAUGUCUUAACCUUGAUGUGGAUCAAAGACCAUGGAUGACAGACGUAGCAGAGCGUCUUCUCAUAAUGGAUCGAUCCCGUAAGUCUCAAUUUCCACUGCAUGUUCCAGUUUGAACAUGUGCAUAUGUAUGGGGUCAGAAAAAAUGGCGACUAUGAAUAGGGCAACGUCUAUCUUAUCGCCGUUGUGAAGAAAAUCAUUCAAGUAGAACCAAGGGAAGUCUCCCUUAGUUGGAAGAAAAUUUGUAUUGUACUCUCUUUGUGCAACAACGUGUUUUAAGUUACCAAAUGUAUGAGCCUAGUUACUUUAAUUAUUUAUCAACAAAAGCUAGUUACUUUAA